AUGUCACCCCCUAUGUCAUCAGGCGGAAAGCGCGAGAGCGGAACAGCUAGAAUCUUGGGAUCUGGAGCGUCAGGCAUCGCCGAGCUGAUGGUCUUCCACCCUAUCGACACCAUCGCCAAGCGCCUCAUGUCGAACAGGGGCCAAGUAUCCGGCGCCAACCUCUCCACCAUUCUCUUCAAAGCCCACGCCGCUUCGCCUAUCCACACCAAAUUCCUUUCGCUCUUCCCCGGUCUCGGCUAUGCCGCAGGGUACAAGGUCGCCCAAAGGGUGUACAAGUUUGGCGGGCAGCCUUACUUUAGGGAUAUGAUCGAUAAGCAGGGUGGUGGGUGGUGGAGGGGGACCUUCGGCGCCAAGUGGGGCGGGAUGAUGAUGCACGCUGCCGCUGGAAGUUUAACGGGUAUUGGAGAGGUCGUGCUCUUGCCUUUGGAUGUGCUCAAGAUCAAGAUGCAGACCAACCCGGAUGCGCUGCGGGGCCGAGGUUUCUUCAAGCUGGUGACGGAUGAGGGGUUGGGGAGUUUGUACCGAGGAUGGGGAUGGACCAUGGCUAGGAACGCCCCGGGAAGCUUUGCACUCUUUGGAGGAUCAGCAGUAGCCAAGGAGUACUUUUUCAAGAUUUCAGACUAUUCUUCCGCCACAUGGGGACAAAACUUCGUCGCAUCCAUCGCCGGUGCGGUCGCCUCGAUCACCGUCGCUGCCCCUCUCGACGUCGUCAAGACCCGCAUACAAAACGCCAACUUUGAAAGUCAGCAGGGCGGCAUGUCGAUCAUCCGGAACAUGGUCAAGCAGGAGGGUCUCGGGAGUUUCUUCAAGGGGUUGACACCAAAGAUUCUGGUCGUUGGGCCCAAGCUUGUCUUCUCUUACACUCUGGCCCAGAGUUUGAUUCCAUUCUUUGGCAAAUACGGUCAGUCUUUGAUUUUAGACAAGGGGCAUAGCGGCGGCGCUAGGAAGGAGCUGACAAUCAGUCUAAUCUUCUCUGCCUCUUUGUAUAUAAUUGCUUAUCUUAUCUGGUACCACUCAUGCAUGUCCAUAGAUCAUAGAGUGAGACAUCCGGCUGGUAUAACCGGGAAUGAGGAUCAAUGCCGGGACAAGGCCCGGCCGGCUGCAGGUAUAAAAGGACGCGCCUGA